AUGACUCUCUCUCACCGCAAUACUCUGCUCCUUCCCCCUUAUGCAGGAGAUGACCUUCUAUCUUCAGCAUAUCAAUACAAUUCUCCUCCUCCCUAUAUCGAAGCAUUAGCUCCCGAUUAUGAAUACUCUUCUCCUUCUCCUUCUCCUUACGGUGAAGAGCCCUUGGCGCCUGAAUAUGGAUCAGACAACUCUCUUUCUCCAGAAUAUGCUUCUCCUCCACCUUAUAUCGAAGCUAUGGCACCUGAAAUUGAAGGCGAUGGCUUCUACUCUCCGCUUGAAACUCCUGUGCCCGCUCCAUCCAUGGCUAUGGAAUCCGACACUAAUGAGUCUUCUCCAAAGCUCCCUCCUGUAACACCCUUCAGUUACAGUGCUGAAGACGAUGCUGGGGUGUUUGAGCAAGAACCAGAAGUUUCUUCGCGUGGAAAUGGAGGAACUUUGGCCGGGCUUAUAAUUGGUGGUGCUUGUAUUGUUGGUUUGGGAGCUUUGGUGUGCAAGAAGAGGAAAGAUAGGAAGAAAAGUACACAGUACAAAUACAUGGCUAAGCGAGAGGAGCUCGAGCUAUUCUAA